AAGAGUAACUCCUCCCCAACCCAACUACAGCCUUUAAUACAGGUGGCAUGGAACAACACACCAGCCGUGCUACAGAGCUGCUUCUGUCUUGAGUUUGAUCUGCAAACAGCAUGGGAACUCUUCAGGAAAGAAUCAUUGUUCUCUCCGUCCUUCUUUGUUUGAUCUGUGCUGUUCAGGUCAAUUCACUGCCUGUACCUGAAGACUGGAAUGGUUUGAUCCUGCGGACCAAGCGGUCACUCCUGUGGCGUUGGAACAGCAUGAAGCCUGUGGGCGCCAGCUGCAGGGAUAACUUAGAGUGUGGCACACAAUACUGCAGGAAAAAUAUCUGCUCCUUCAGGAACUCCACCUGAAGAGGACACACAAACAAAACAAUCCAUCAGGGUGACAGAGCAAACAUCCACCUCAUGGACCAAAGCGACCCGACUCAAAAUUAUGAAAUUACUGCUGUGGUAUCCUGGCUUGACCUGCUGGCGCUUCAUCAGGCAGUCAGUUAAAGUAAUCUGAUCUGGCACUGCACUGCAGCAAAACAGAGCUGUAAAUGCUGCAUGAACAAUCAAACGGCUCCAUCUAGAGCGACAUUGAUUUUUAUGAUCUAGUUUGUCUAUAACACAGCACAUCAGACAGGCUAUGUAACUUGUUUUAAUAAGAAAAUAUAAAUAUUCAUGCAAAGUUUGUGAGAUGCUCUGAGUUUAUUGUUUCAUGCUGUUAUUAUAUAUUUAUUUGUACAUAUUGUAAAGAAUGUAGAUGUUUAAAUAUACUUUUUAUAAGAGGUUGUAUUGCCCACAUUUUGUUUGUCAGCAAGUUCAGAACAAAUUAAAAAAAUUUCCACUGUUCCUUCUCGUUUAAUGCAAUGGAAGAAGAUAUUGGCUGUUUUUAAAAAAAAUGAAUGGGAUUUUUUUUUUUUUUUUUUUU